AGAGGCCUUAUCGUUAGGAAUCGAGUAGUAUCCAUGGGCGUGAGUUCAAAUUUUAAUAAGAGACGAAUUUGAUGUGGUUGUCUGCGAGUAACACUUUCCGUGCCCGAUGCGAAAGUCUUCCCAGCCUGAACUGGAAAUACAGUGAGCCUAGUGGCUCAGUGUAAGUAACACUGAAGACGGUGGCCAAGUCAGAGCCAUAAAAACUUGUUUGAAGAACGAGGAGAAAGAAAGAUACGACAAGAAUAGGGCAAGUUCUUCCCGCCGAUAGUGCAGACCCAAGAGGAUCUUAAUCAAAGUAGUGGUCACGUUGUUCGUUCAGUUGAUAUUUCGGUGGGAGUGCUUCGAGUCCAGCCGUCUUUUUAGAAUGACCGUGACAACAAUUUGUUCAAUUAUUUUGGGCCUGAGUCAAAUUCAUCAGAUCUCGAGCCAUGGAUAUUUAGCUGAUCCUCCUUCGAGGAAUGUGAUGUGGCGAUACGGUUUCAACACCGAAGUCAACUACAACGACAACGAGCUCUAUUGCGGGGGUUUUGAGACUCAAAAGGACAAUGACGGUAAAUGUGGUGUAUGCGGGGAUAACUACGCCGAUCCCCAACCCAGAGAUCACGAGAAUGGGGGAAAAUAUGGCCUCGGAACCAUCGGACGAAAAUACGUCAUGGGACAGACAAUUGAGGUCGAAGUGGAGUUGAGCACCAAUCAUUGGGGUUGGUUUGAAUUGAAGUUGUGCCCUCUGAAUGAUGCCAAUGAAAUCACCACCCAAGAGUGUCUGGAUCAACACCCGCUUUUUCGCGCUGAAGAUCCGUCCUCGUCGAAAUACCCUAUUCCAGAUGGAACGGAGAAGAGUGCCUACUUGAAAUAUGAGGUUCUCCUGCCUCAAGGCAUCACCUGCAGUCAAUGCGUGAUUCAAUGGACUUACCACACGGGAAACACAUGGGGCGAUUGUGGCAAUGGCACCUCAGAGAUAGGAUGCGGGGCACAGGAGAAUUUCGUCAAUUGCGCAGACAUUCAAAUCUAUAGCAAUGCUGCCGGCUUCCCGCCCAAUGCCAUCGACAACCCCAGUACCAUCUAUUUCCGGGACAGCACAUAUCCAGGAGGUCGCCGACCUUUCGUGAACAAGAACACGGUGUGCAUCCCGACCAAGCCCUACGAGCAUCUGCCAAAUAUGCAGCCAUGGUGCCAGGAGCAGUGUUUGAAUUACAAUCCAUCAGCUUGUCCCAAGGACAAGUGCCUCUGCCUGAAGGAGUGUGUGUCCAUUAAUGAGUUGGCCGGCAUCAAUGGGACUGACGUAUUCUGUCAUCGUAAUUGUCUUCGCAAUCCUCCCAUUUGUCCACGGGAUCAAUGCCGCUGCUUCUCUGAAGAAGGAAUUGACACCGAAGGAAACACCGUAGACACCGAGGGGCGCAUCAUCCAAGCCUAUAAUGGUCCGUAUUGAGACAAACGUGUUGAGGGUUGAAACCAGCCCAUUCCAUAUGCUGCGUAAGGCACAAAGCAACUGCACAGCGACAAUCUAUCACAAUGAUCCAAUCCUCUGCAUAUUUUCAAAGAAAAUAAAACCAACCCAUUUUGUUCUGAUUCAUCCAAAAAACAUUUGAUUUUAAAUA